AUGUCUGGCAAGCGCAAAGAAUUGCCCAUCGAUCUCGACCAGCUCAUCAAUGGCCGAUACCAAGCAGGCUGCAAGGGCAGUUGCAAGUGCGUGAAGGCUGGCGCAGGCUGCGGAAGCUCUUGCGCUUGCCAGACUUGUGACUCGAGCAACGAGAAGGUCCGGUGCCGCAACCGUCUCAGCGACAUUGCGAAAGCUUUGGGCGUCGAAAAUCAAGUCGUGACACCCUGCUUUGCGACAUACGCGAGCAAAGCCAAGAAUACCCUGGACCUGACGCAGCUGGGCAAGAAGAUGGACCAUUGCAAGGCGACCGAUGCCUUCAAAUUCGAUGACUUCUUGAAGGAUUGGAGGGAGAUAAAGAGGGGACUAAAAGAGACGGAUAUGGCUGGGCAUUAUAACAAGCUGCUGCAGUACGGACUGUACAAGGAGUCCUCAGGCUCCGAGGGUGGAUUUUGGUCCUACUCCUUCUGUAUGGAUCAUUGGGCGGAGGAGCAGAACAUUUGGCAUUGCCGGAAGUGCAAGGAGUGCAUGGAAUGGCGUGAAUGGCAUUGCGGCAAGUGCAACAAGUGCACUUACGGCGUGAGUAUUCCGUGCAGCGGCUGCGGAGGCGUGACCUGGAUAUACCAUGGGAUGGAUCCCGACGAAAGAGCCGACGCCUUUGAUUUUGGCUCGGACGACGACUUUGGGUUGAACGAUGAUCCGUUCUGGUGUUGA